AUGUCAUCUCACUCGGUGUUGGAAGAAGAGAACAGUCAUUAUCCCACAGCUGAGACAAGGCCCAGCGCUCCUCAAACGACAGAGGAAGAUGCUCCUCAUGAGCCGUCCUUCAUCCUAGUGCCCCCUCGCUUCUACACUCCUAUAGACGACUCAGUAGAUCGAUACACCAAAGCCUUAUCGCAACACUUGCUCAUGCAAAGGGCCAGACAGAGAGUGCUCAACGACAACAUUGCUGAGGCCGUACAUCUUUCCUUCUCUGUUGCUCCAGAGCAGCCGGCUUUCGCUAAGGUUGAGGCGAAUAUCACUAUACCAUACAGUCUCGAUCUCAAGGGGGCUAUGACAAAGGUAGAGGGUCUCGAUACAGGAAUGAACGGACUCCAGAUGAAAGUGUCUCUGCCUCCCGAGGGUACAUGGUCCCCUCUCACCGCGGCUGGCCGUCUGCGUUUGACUACCUCGGGUGGCUUAUCAGCCAGUGGUUUUAUAUCCCGUCCGAUUGGUGUAGAGGAGGAAGCGACCGCUGCUAUUUUUGGCACUUUAGGCCAGGGCCCGACCAUCGACGAUAACAACAUUGGUUUCCGCGUGGAUUACAAAGAUGCUUCCUAUGGCGUCUGCCUCGAAUCCAGUCAUCACACCACUACCAACUGUGGUGGUCUUCCCAGCACUGCGCCCUCUAUGACCAGCGAGAGCUGUGGUGUCAGCGGCAGCUCGGUGGCUUCUUCCUCCUCCACUGUUGCUGAGGAGACGACAUGUCCUUCGUUUUCGGGAUGGGUUUGGGGACGAACGCACUUUGGUCUUUCUGGAGGGGUCCAAACUGGAAUAGAUGCCCACGGCGAAUCUCUGGGUUACCGUUGUGUUGGAGCCUUUUCCUCGGCCUCGGCAGAUUCGAAUUAUAUACCAACUGGUGGUGACUAUCAGUUGGUCGGUGAAUACAAUAGCGCCACUAAGUCCGUCACGGCUGCCUACCAUCAGCUUAUAGUCAUGCAACGGAAGUGCUACAACCUCCUUGAAGAUAAACACAUCUCAGCAAUAGCCAACUACGUCGAUGUAGCAGUGGAGGCCACUCGUAACGGAGAUACUGGCAAAUCCGAAAUUGCAGUCGGCGCUUCUUGGCAACCCAACAGAACCUGGCUCAUCAAGGCACGGCUAUCCACCCUUGCUGGGGUCGGCCUUACAGUAGCGGCUAAGUCGUGGUCGCAGAUGAAUGGUGUUGUCGCAGCUACUGCUGGUCUGCGAAGCUCAGGACCUUACUUCGGGCUGCGAUGUCAUUUUCAGAACUGGGGUUCUGAAGUGUUUGGCAAGGCGGCGGAGGACAGCAGUCCUGUUGGAAAUAAAUGGGCACCUCUUGAUGAGUGAAAAUUUCGCGCG